GCCGGGAUCAGGUCUGUUGUCUUAGGUGAAGAGUCGGAGGGGAUUACGAGUCACCGGGUCUUUUCUCCACCGAGCUUUCAGCCGGCGAGGGUGCACCCCAGAGGCGAACCUAUUCAGGGUUCCUGCCUCCAGCUCCUUUCGCCGCUUCGGAACGCGUACCGGCGUUCACCCACCCCAUCGUCUAGGCUCCACUCUCGAGAAGCAAAGGCAGUAUGGAGUUCAAGCUGGAGGCUCACCGCAUCGUCAGCAUCUCCCUCGGCAAGAUCUACAACUCGCGGGUCCAGCGCGGCGGCAUCAAGCUGCACAAGAACCUCUUGGUGUCGUUAGUGCUGCGCAGCGCCCGCCAGGUCUACCUGAGUGACCCAUGCCCUGGCCUCUACCUGGCCGGCCCUACGGGUACUCCGGCGGUGCCACCGCCUCAGCAGCCCGGAGAGCCGGUGGCCGGGCCACCCUCCGGCUGGGGAGAGCCGCCUCCCCCUGCCGGCCGCGCCGCCUGGCCGGAGCCCGAGCCGCAGCCUCAGAGCCCCAUGGUGUGCCACACACUGGGAGCGGGAAGCUCAGAGCCGUUGGCUUCAGUAGCCAGAGCCGGGGACGCACUCCGGGGCGAAGAGACGGACUCGGCGGCAGCUGCUUGGAGCCGCGUGGAGCGUCCGCGCGCGGCGGCUUCUGGAGGUGGCUCGGACACGUGCCCCGAGGGGCCCCGGGCUGUCCGCCGCCCUUGCGGCUGUCCGCCGACCCGGGAGGAGCAGCCUGUCGAGGACGGUUCCCCCGCGCCACCCGCCCCGUGUCCCAGGAAGCGCGGCGCAGCGGGAGUGGGUGGUGGCCGCGCUGGCUGCCCGGCGCCUGGCUCGACCCCUCUCAAGAAGGCGCGCCGGAACUCGGAGGAGCAGCCGAGCACCGCCGAUGAGGACACCGACGAGGAGAUGGAGACCGGGAACGUGGCAAACCUCAUCAGCAUCUUCGGGUCUAGCUUCUCGGGACUCCUACGGAAAAGCCCUGCGGGCGGCCGGGAGGAAGAGGAGGCGGAGGAGAGCGGUCCGGAAGCCGCCGAGCCCGGGCAGAUUUGCUGCGACAAGACGGUGCUGAGAGACAUGAGCCCCUGGAGCACAGCCAUCGUGGCCUUCUGAGUUGCCGGGGCCCGAGCGGCUGGAGCUUGAGCAGCGGGCGUCCCUGAAGUGCGGCGUGGCCUUUCCCGGCCUCGAUGGCGAGCCGAGACCGUUGGCGCUGGGCGCGAAGGGGAGACUGGUUGCUGCCGGGCAGCACAUCGCCCCGAACGGGGCAGCCCGGCUGGGCCGUGGCUCUCGAGUCUCAAGUAGAGACCUAGAGUUGGAGGCUUAUCGGAAGAGGACGAUCGAUCGUUAACUUUUGUGUCUGUGUGUGUCCGUGUGUAAGUUUGUCUUGUGUUGAGACUGUUCUGUGGUUCUGGAAUGCACCACCCCUUCCCCGGGGCUUGAGACUUUUGGGGGCGCAGACCGGGACUUUCCUCCGCCAGCAGCACAGAAAAGGAAGCUGCUGAAAGGCUCGAGGCAGGGGAGUUCCCCGCUCGAUCUUGGGGGAGAGAGGGACUUUACACACUCUCAUGAAAGCUAGAACCUCAUCGGGCGCGGAGUGGCGUUUCCUCACAGGAUUUCCUCAGACUAGAGGGAGUUCGUCUGGAGUAGAGACUUGUAUUAUUUUUCUCCCUCCCCACCUUUCUCUAGCACAGAAGCGCUUCUACCCUGUGAUUACUCUGGGACAGCAGAACAUUAAGGGACCUUCAAUUCCCCAAAGGGGAAAAAAGCUUGGUGAACUUCACAGAAGAGUUCAAGCUUGGAAAUGCGGAGUUUAUAAAGAAAAGAUAUAUUUUUAAAAGCUCUAGCUCAGUACUACACAGUGCUUUUAAAAAGUGUUUAAUGAAACAAAGUUUACAGACGAGCUCUAAGUGGAAGGACCUUAUGGUUUUGUAGAUACGGUGACUCCAGUCUUUGUUGUAUAAAGGUUGGGGGAGCUGAUAAGGGUUUUGUACAGUAUUUUCUCCUCCUCUGUAUUGAUUUUUGUAUAAAAAUGUAACUUUACGUGUCUAACACGUAUUAAAUAUUUUG